AUGGCGAUUCUGCGCCUCCCCCGGCCGCCGCUGCUGGUCUUCCCGCCCUCCUCUCGAGACCCUGCGGCUAUCACAGGCAACAGGCGGCGGCUCCCCGUCCUCCGAGCCGCCGCCGGCGAGUGGCGGCGGGGGGUGGCGGCGGAGAUGCCGCCGGCGAGGGACCGGGUGAUAGACUUCGGGAAGUACCGGGGGAGGAUGCUGGGGACGCUCCCCUCGAGCUACCUGAACUGGGUCUCCCGCAACCUCCGGGCCGGCGACUCGCUCCAGUGGGCCCUUCUCGCCGACGAGGUCCUCUCCGAUGAGGUCUACCGCGACCGCCUCGAGUGGGAGUCCGCUGAGAGGCUCCUCACCGGCGGCGCAACCGGCGCCGCCGCCGCAACGGUCUCCCCCGUGGCGGAGCUGCUCGACGUCAGCCGCCGAUUCGGGUGGGACAACGAUGACAAGGAGGGGUGGCGUAUGGUGGACUUCGAGCUCCUGGGCACCUCCCGGGGAGGCCGCAUUCCCCGGCUCGCCGCCAGGCCCGCCGGCGGAGCAGCGGCGGCGGCGCCAACCGGUGGAAAGAGGGCCGGCAGCGGAGCGGCAGAGGACUGCUGGAUUCACCGGGGGGGGAGGACGGCGGCGGCGCCGCCACCCGGAGGGAGGAGAGUGGCGCGUCUGAGCGAGGGGUGCAGGUUCACUGUCGGAGGUGAGGCGGAGGCGGCGGCGACGGGGGCAGAGGAGAAGAGGGAGGAGAGGAGGCAGAGGCUGAGGAUGAAGCGGGAGCAGCGGAUGCUGGCGUUGAGGAGGGAUUUAGGGCUGGACGACGGCGGCGCUGCGGGAGGAGGCGGCGGCGGCGAGGAGGCUGCUGUGGCGCGGAAAGGGAAGGGGGGUGCCGCCAUCCUCCCCAACAGCUCUCUCCGUGGGCUUCUUAAUAAGAUCAGAGGACGAGAACCCUGA